GUAAAGAAGCCUAGUUUAAUCACAAAGACAAAUGUUGCAUGUGUUUCAGUGUUGGACUGGGAAGUGGAGCAGGGUCUUGAAGGAAAGCUGCCUCCAGAGGAGUUCAGUCACUGCUAUAAGAGGAUCAUCACUGACCUUCUGUACAAUCUGAAAAAUGAAUAUGCAGCACAGUUUAUAGACCUGCACAAAGGAAGAUCUGAAAUCAAUCAAACCUUGCAUCAAGCUCAGCAGCGCUUUAUACACAACAUUCACCUCAAGCUGAGACACACUAAUAUCCAUGAGACAAACGUCAGCUGGGGAAGGAAGGGUCUGAGUGCCAAACACAACAGAUCUCAUCAGUUUUAUGUGGAACGGCUCUGCUCACACUUCCAGCGCACUGUCACCGCAUCCCUCAACAAACUUAUGCAGGUCCGUCAGGCUAAAGGUUCCUUCGACAUGCAGAGGAAGGAGGUUUCCAGACUCCGAGUUGAAGAAGAGAUUCGCCGUCAUUUCAGAUUUGGGAAAACACUAGCACAGGGCUAUACAUUCAGGCAGGACUUUCUGAUGGAAAUGAAGCGUGCACUUAAAGCAUCGGCGUCUUCCCAUAAUGCUGUGCUGUUACUGGGGGACCCAGGGUCUGGAAAGAGCACAACUCUUGCCAAACUGGCACAACUCAUACCCAGCUGGAUACCUGGGGAUGCCAAAGUGUUGAUCUGCUUUGUAGGGCUGACAUCCGACAGCAGAAACGUACGUCUGCUCCUCCAGACACUGUGUCUGCAGUCACUGUCAGAGUUGUCUAGUGAGCUGUGCUCAUUAUUGGGCCUGGUGACAGAAGACCGGCCCUUGACCCUGCUGCUGGAUGGUCUGGAUAAUCUGAGUGAGGAACAUGAUGCUGACCUUUCCUGGCUUAGUAAUGCUUCACUGCCAAACGUCUUCACUGUCCUGUCUGCCGGCACGCAGUCUAAAUGUGCUCAAAUUCUACAGUCCCAAGUUAAGGUCACUGUCCUGCCCCUACCAGCCCUUAACCGUAAGGAUAUCACGUCAGGACUGGUGUCAAGACUAGCAUCAGAUUUUCGCCAGCUGACUGAUAACCAGUGGAGCCUUUUAUUCCAGUCCUGUCUUUCCUGUCCUUCCCCUCUCUACCUCAAUUUAGCCUAUGCUGAGACCAGGAAAUGGAGCUCCUUUACACCAAAAGAAAGUCUGAACUUCCCUACAGAUCCGAAUAAACUUUUCGUGAGCAUCCUUGUUAGUUUGGAGCGAGAGCAUGGGCCAUGUUUGGUGCGACGCACGGCUUUGCUCAUAUCACUGUCCUGUUCUGGUGUGACUGAGGAGGAGCUUUUGGUGCUUUUGGGGCGUGAUGAUCAUAUCACACGUGAGAUGGCGGUUUUGCAUCAUCAGACGAUUCCCGUUUUUGAAUACUCUCCAGUGCCUUAUGCAUUUGUGGCACGACUGCUGCAUGGUCUGAAGGGUUAUGUCACAGAAGUGGAAAGUGAUGGCACAUGGGUUCUGUGCUGGACUCAUACUGAGUUUGCCUGCGUCGUCCUGCAGCGAUACGCACCAACAGAAGACUCAAUAAAAGCUGUGCAUGCAGACUUUGCAGAUUACUUUAAUGGUAAUGUCCCAAAUAGCCAAGUUUUUCAGCCACUAGCCUGGAUCAGGAAGGAGAAGGGAAGGAGGUGCUAUGAAUUUAAUUUGCGCAAGCUCCACUGUUUGCCGUAUCAUUACAUCCGCUCUGAGCAGAUUAUUCCUUUACUCACGCAGUGUCUGUUUAACUAUGAAUUCCUGCUGCAUAAACUGUGGGGUCUGUCCAUCUAUCAUGUCGAGGAGGACCUUAAAGCUGCCGUCAUACCGGAGAAAGAGCUUCUGGAUGUGAAGGUGUUGAGUCAGGUUUUGUGUCUUUCUCGUUCUGUACUAUUAAAUGAUCCAUGCCAGCUGGCCUCUCAACUCUUGGGCCGUUUGGAGCGGAUCAUUUUCCAAGACAAACCUGUUACUUCAGGUGACCCAAGACGAUACUCUUUUCUGCAUGAUCUGUUGGCACAAUGUAAAGGCUCUUCUCUACCAGUUCUGGUGCCCUCCUACACCUGCCUGCUUCCUCCAGGUGGACUCGUACACACAUUACUGUCAGGUCAUAUGAGUGCUGUGACAGCUCUGGCUCAUGGUCGGCAUUACAUCAUUUCCUGCUCCUGUGAUGGAAUGCUAAAUCUGUGGCGUCUGGAUGAGCAAACGAGACCCGUGAGGUCCUUACCGAGAGUUCGUGAAUCUGCAGUAGACUGGGCCGCUGACUCGCUCACCCUAUGUCUGGAUGACAGUGUGCUUGUGCUACAGAUGGGCCACUGUCUCCAGGUGAGAGAGGUGCAUUCUGGGAAGGUGCUGUACAUGGAGAAGGACUCUCCGGAUGUUCCUGUGGUCACAACUGCCUGCGAUGGACGGUUGCUGGUGGUUUUUUAUGAUGGAAGUCACCUAGUUAAGGUGUUUGAUCUUGUGGCGUCCUGUUCACUGUUGCGUUGUGUAAACCUCACCCUUGAGUUUGAGCCCAUCCACAAAGAUCAGUCCAUCUUAGUGUCUCGCCACUCUGUUAAAGACUAUGUUCUCUUCGCUUACAGGGAUGGAGGAGAAGCAGCGAUAUUCAAUGCUAAAGGUGGAGUUGUGUCAGUCGCAAUGAAAGCUCAGCACCCUGCAGCAUCUAUACAGGCUGUAGAGAUCAGCUCUCAGUAUUUACUGCUCUUCUGCAGAUACCCCUAUAAAAGACAGAGUGAAAUCAUUCACAUUGAACUCUUCAGCACAGCAUCUUUCCAGUAUCUGCGCUCUAUCUUGGGUUGCAGUCAGGACUACAUUUCCCAGGUCACAAUUGCAGGGGGCGGGUCCCACAUUGUGGCCUUUUGUCCCACCCCUCACAGCGCCACCACAGAGAUUAUUAUCUGGAACCUUGAGACUGAAGAUCAUAAACACAUAGCACGGUUUCCUGGCCUGCUGGCUCAUGGUGUGUGUUCUGAUCUGCGGUACUGCGUGGGUUUCUGUCCCGGGGAGCGAUUCUUACGCAUGUGGAACCUGGGAUCCAGAAUAAAUGACCCAACACUCACAUAUAACGUGCACAAAGUACACAACGACGGCACAGCAGAGAUCGUAACCAUGCAGAGAUAUCCAAGGUAUGUAGUGUGUCGAAGCACCCGUCCCGGGACUGUGAGAAUCUGGAAUGUGGCACGGAUGCGAUUCAAGGGUCGUCCCGUGCAGUUGGAGCAUGGCCUGUUCUCCAGUUCAGACAUCGCUCUUGUACAAGACCUCAAACUCUAUAUCCUGUCAGACCGUGGUACCGCCAGCUUUACAGAUACACCUACAUCCGUCUACCAGACAUUGCUGGUGUAUGAUCUUCUUAAAAAGAGCUACAUUAAGAAACAGACUGGACUGUUCAUCGUGCCCUGUCCUCGACAAGACUAUCGGCUCUUAGAUGGGGAAAUACUGAUGGGCCUUUCAGAAACACGGGAUCAUCUGAUAUUGUGGGAUCUGGACUCUGGAUACAUUAAAGGACGUAUCAAGACGUCCUACAAAGAAACCCUACUCUCCAGUAUGGACAGAGAUUCUCAGAUUAUGUCCUCAAAAGAAAAGACAGGCCUAGUAAUGCCAUGGGACAGGCGCACCGAAACCCAGACGGCAAAAAGGAGGCGACAGGACCGUGAGGUGAAGAGAGAAAAAGAUGAACAGCAGCGCCUUGAAAAAGAGAAAUUCAACUCUGUAGACCAGUAUCUCCUCAGCGGUGAUGAGCGGGUGGUCAUAUGCUCAUAUUUUGCCCAUCAUCUCAACGUCUUCAGUGUGGUUUCUGAGGAGCAUCUGCACACCCUGGAGGACCGCUGGUCCCAUUUGAGCCUCCGUACUGCCGCGAUCACUCACACUGGAGGGUACUUGGUGGUCUCCAACUACAGUGAAGCCCAACAUGCUCCAUACCUCACCGUUUGGGACACACAGCAGGGCAGAGUGCGGAAGAGAUUGAAAAAUGAAGCUGGAAUCUGUUGCAUUGCUGUAAGCGAUGAUGCCUGCAGAGUAGUUUUUGGCAUUGCAGGAUUCAACAAGUUAAAAGUAUGGGAGCCAUUCCGAAGGAAACAUAAAACCAUUUCUGGCUACGGACGUUUAAAUCUUAAUUGGUCCAGCUUGCUCUUUAUUACUGAAGGACAAUCCAAGGCUAUUUUAUUAUCAGAAGCAGUGAGCAUGUGGGACCUGGACAAUGGUAUGAUGUUGUCUGUCUUCACACCUGACUCCAAGAUCCAGACCAUUUCUCUGCAUGGACCUGACAACAGCACACUGCUUUUGGGCUUUAGUGACAUGUCUACUCUAAUCUCCAUGACGGUCAGCAAACAAGAUGCACACACAAAGUCCAGCGCUGCUUCUGGAAAAGACCUGUUUGGGGAAUCCAGCAGUAGUGAAGACGAGGAAGAUGAAGAAACAAACAAGAACUGAUAGGAAGAGCACUGGAUGUGUACAGUAUAAUAUAGGAAUUUGGUCUGAAAUCAAAUUAAGGGCUUUGAGAUCAUUCACAUUCACUUUGUCUUGCAAGAUUCAAGAGAUCAUUUUAGUUGUACACUAGAAAUGCAAAAAUAUGUGACUUCGAUCUUCAAGUCUAAGGUGAGAAAUGUACGCUAAGCAUUACGAUCAGUAUUUUCAGUGCUUGUUUUUCCGAAAUACUAUGAAUUUACCAGAACUUCCUCACCCUUUCCCAUGAGACCAGAGGAUAUGAUAAAACAAAUCUCAGGAAGCAUGUGUUGUCAGGUUACAUGAUUUCAAUGUAUAUUCAGAUUUAUGUAGGCCUAUAUUAAGCAAUAUAGAUCUAUUGGCAUGUGUGAGCUUCAAAAAUUAGGUGUUCUCCUUCUGUAACCUUUCAUGCAUGGCGAGUCAGAUUUUCACUUCCUACAUUUGUCACAUGAUAGAUGAGCAAAAUAACAUCAACUUCCUGCUUAGAUUAAUUUGUAAGGUGUUUUUAACAUUUGUACUUGCAUUAUCAAUGGAAAUAAAAAAAGAACUGAUGACAUUUGUUGGUUUUCUUUUG